AGUGUUGGCGAUGGAGAAUUUCAAGCAGUUCCUGUUCGCUCUGUCCGCCGCAGUGACCGUUGGUUUUGUCUCGAUAAUUUUUGUUUUGAGAUGGGUAUUCUACUUCAAGGAAGGUUUAGCAUGGGAUGGAGGACUGGCCGAAUUCAAUUGGCACCCGGUUUUAAUCGUUACCGGGUUCAUUUUUAUGCAGGGAAUUGGUGAGAAGUUUGUGUCUGUUUAUUGCUCUCUCUAGUACAGAAUUCAGCUAGAUCUGAAGCGAUUGAGUUUGGCCGAGACAGUCUAAAUUUUAAAAAAGUUAUUUUGAUCUGAAAGUUAUUUCAACAAGCAGUUUGCAACCUGGAAUAUUUUUCUCACAAGAUUCCGAAGUAACCCAAAGAAAAAGGCUACACUGUAUCUAUUCACUGUCAGGAUACUAUUAUUGAAAGAAAGAUGCAUUGUUUUCUAAACCAGUCACUGUUUCAGUUGUUGGCUUUAUUUUCAUCAGUUUUGUUGUAGACAAAUGUUAGAGCACUAUCUAUGCUAAUGUUGCCCUGAUGCAUUUCUGAGUAAAACAAGACCCUUUGAUUCUUUACAAAAGUUUAAGUUAACGAGUUGUACUCAGUUUUGCUACCAACAUUCCAGACCAUUUGCAUUCUUCCACUUGAAGUAGGCUACCUCCCUGAGUGUCCUUGAGUGUAGCCUGAUUAACUUAAAUGACACAGUAACUUUGAUUGGUAUUUGCCUUUGAUUACAUUCGUUAAAAAUUAACUACUAUUAGCCUACACCACUUAAACUAAACUAAAUGAAAACUAUAUAAUGCGAUGAAGGUCUUAUUUUAUGUGUAGAAGUAGGCCUACUUCAUAGUGAUGUCAAAAACAGGAUGCUACAACAUCUGGUAUGUAUAGCAAGAAUUGCUAAUCUCAGAGUAUUAUUCUCAUUCAAUCACUUUGGAUUUAAUGCAUUUUGAUGAUUAAACAUCAGUUGAAUAAGUAGGCUAUUUUUGUCUGUUUCAGCCAUUGUCGUGUAUAGGUUGCCAUGGACCUGGAAGUGCAGUAAGUUAAUGAUGAAGUUUAUUCAUGCUGGCUUAAACAUACUGGCCUUCAUUUUCGCUGCCAUAUCUUUGGUAGCAGUAUUUGACUUCCACAACUCACAAAACAUCCCCAACAUGUACAGCCUGCAUAGCUGGGUGGGGCUAGCAGCUGUGAUACUUUAUUCACUACAGGUAAGCGCACCAAAAUAUAUUGGGUAGCCUAUUAUGAUGCUGUAGAAAUGUCCUUAAUGAAUGCUUCAUUAUAUUGAUUAUAUUAUUAUAAAGCUUUGUCAUAAACCAUCAUUCUUAUUGAUUUUUUUCUAACUAUUUAACUACAGCUCUAUGCAUGGACACGUGUGUAGGCUGUUUAUGAAGUACAUUUUAUGGCACAGUAAGACCGGUAUAGCCCAUUCCAUUCUUCAUUACAGUGCUUGACAGAGUUUCCUGAUGUUUCCCUCUUUUACUGAGCAGCUUGUCCUGGGAGUGUGUAUAUACCUGAUACCCAUCACCCCAAUAUACCUGAGAGCAGCAUUUAUGCCCCUGCACAUCUACAGUGGCCUGUUCAUCUUUGCCAGUGUCAUAGCCACUGCACUUAUGGGCAUCACAGAGAAGCUCAUUUUUGGCCUGUAAGUUUUAUAACACAGGAAAUAUGGGACAUACACUAAACUUUGGUACUGAGAGACCCCAUUUUAUAAACAUAUUACAUCUAUAGAUAACUCUUCUUUGUCUCUCAGGAAAGAUCCCAAAUACAAGGACUCUCCCCCAGAGGCCACCUUUGUGAAUGUACUGGGAGUACUGAUAGUUAUUUUUGGAGGAAUCAUCCUCUGGAUCGCUACUCACCCCUCUUGGAAACGCCCCAGUGAGCAGGUCCUGCGCUCCCUGCCUACUAAUGGGGGUGGGUCAGCUGGCACCAAAGUGGGCACUGCCCUGUCUCAACAAACUGACCCGAUUGACCCCAAAGGCAAUGGAGAUGCCAGGAGAAGGAGCUGUAAAUUGGAGGACUCAGGACAGGUCAACUGAGUAACAUGAAAACCAACUGCUGGUUCUGUCUGUCUGUUGAUGCUUUAAAAAGUUGCAUUUAUCUACUGGCAUUCCCUCAGCAAAUGUAAGCCUUUGUCCCAAAUAGCACCUUGAGGAAUUGUUCCCAACAGUUCCAGAAUGUUGAUUUUUAAACUGUUUUUUUAUUUGAUGUUAUUGAAUGUAAUGGACAAUGAUUUGAUAAAGAAUUUAACUAGCCUAAUGAAGAUUAGACAAAUAAUCAUAAAAUAUACUGAACAAAAAUAUAAACACAGCAUGCAACAAUUUCAAAGAUUAUACGGAGUUACAGUUCAUAUAAGGAAAUCAGUCAAUUGAAAUAAAUUCAUUAGGCCCUAAUCUAUGGAUUUCACAUGACUGGGAAUACAGAUAUGCAUCUGUUGGUCAGAGAUACCUUCAAAAAAAAAGUAGGGCCGUGGAUCAGAAAACCAGUCAGUAUCUGGUGUGAUCACCAUUUGCCUCAUGCAGCGUGACACAUCUCCUUUGCAUAGAGUUGACCAGGCUGUUCGUUGUGGCCUGUGGAAGGUUGUCCCACUCCUCUUUAAUGGCUGUUUAUUUAUUUAUUUAUUUGACCUUUAUUUAACCAGGUAGGCCAGUUGAGAACAAGUUCUCAUUUACAACUGCGACCUGGCUGUGCGAAGUUGCUGGAUAUUGGCGGGAACUGGAACACACUGUCGUACACUUCGAUCCAGAGCAUCCCAAACAUGCUCAAUGGGUGACAUGUCUAGUGAGUAUGCAGGCCAUGGAAGAACUGGGACAUUUUCAGCUUCCAGAAAUUGUGUACAGAUCCUUGCGACAUGGGGCUGUGCAUUAUCAUGCUGAAACAUGAGGUGAUGGCGGUGGAAGAAUGGCACGACAAUGGGCCUCAGGAUCUUGUCACGGUGUCUCUGUGCAUUCAAAUUGCCAUCAAUAAAAUGCAAUUGUGUUUGUUAUCCAUAGCUUAUGCCUGCCCAUACCAUAAUCCCACCGACACCACGGGGCAGUCUGUUCACAACGUUGACAUCAGCAAACCGCUCACCCACACAACGCCAUAAAUGUGGUCUGUGGUUGUGAGGCCGGUUGGACAGCUCUGGUGGACAUUCCUGCAGUCAGCAUACCAAUUGCACGCUCCCUCAAAACAUGAGACAGCUGUGGCAUUGUGUUGUGACAAAACUGCACAUUUUAGAGUGGGCUUUUAUUGUCCCCAUCACAAGGUGCACCUGUGUAAUGAUCAUGCUGUUUAAUCAGCUUCUUGAUAUGCCACACCUGUCAGGUGGAUGGAUUAUCUUGGCAAAGGAGAAAUUCUGACUAACAGGGAUGUAAACAAAAUUGUGCACAAAAUGUGCGUGUAAUAUGCUUUUUGUGCUUUUGGAAAAUUUCGGGGAACUUUUAUUUCAACUCAUGAAACAUGGGACUAACACUUUACAUGUUGCAUUUAUAUUUUUGUUCAGUAUACAUAUUCCUUACAUUUUUGUACCUUUUAUAAUGAUUACAUACUGUAUUCAAUGUUUUUAUUUUCAUUUACGCAGGAUUUACAGAACCAACACAUCUUUAGGGAAGGAAUCAUCAUUGAUGUGAGGGGUGAAUCCAUUAUAAUCCAAAUAUAUGUAUUAUUACAUACAGGUCUACCUAAAGGCAAUAUAGGCUAACACAAAUUUCAUCAUUACUUUGUUCAAUGCACUAUGGAUUUCAUUCAGUGAGG